AUGGAGAACGAACGCGGCGAGCUCGUUGACCUGUACGUCCCGCGCAAGUGCAGCGCUACCGGCAGAAUUAUCAAGGCCAAAGACCACGCGUCAGUCCAGAUCUCCGUCGCCAAAGUCGACGCAAACGGCCGUUAUACCGGGGAGAACCAAGUAUACGCGCUGUCCGGCUUCGUUCGAGCGAUGGGAGAGUCCGAUGAUUCCAUGAACCGCCUAGCGCAGAAGGAUGGCUUCCUCAAGGGCGUCUGGAGCGCGUCCCGAUAA